AUGGCCGGUGCAAGUGGUCGACGAUUUUUCGUUGGUGGAAACUGGAAAAUGAAUUAUUCCAAGGCUAUUUUAGAAAAAGUUAACGACGCUUUAAGCAAGACAAAAGAUGCUGACGUCGAUAUUGUUUGCGCACCACCAGCUCUCUUUAUCAAGGACUUCGUUGCAUCAAAACCAGCCCAUGUUCAAGUUGCUGCACAAAACUGUUAUCAUGCUAAGGAAGGUGCAUUCACCGGUGAAAUAAGCGCGGAAAUGAUCAAAGAAGCUGGUUGCAACUGGGUUAUUCUCGGUCAUUCAGAACGACGAACAUUAUUUCAUGAAGAUGAUGAAUUCUUGAAAAAGAAAAUCGACUACGUUCUCAACAAAACUGACGUCAAUGUUAUUGCUUGUAUUGGUGAAACUUUACAAGAACGUGAAUCAGGCAAAACUAAUGAAGUUGUUGAACGACAAGUCAAAGCCUAUCAAGAAAAAAUUGCCGAAAAUCAAUACGAUCGUGUUGUUAUUGCCUAUGAACCUGUUUGGGCUAUUGGUACUGGUAAAGUUGCAACGCCUCAACAAGCCCAAGAAGUUCAUGAACAUUUACGAAACUUUAUCGAGAAAAAUUCUAGCGCUGACAUUGCUAAGAAAGUCCGCAUUAUUUACGGAGGCUCAGUUAGCGGAUCAAACUGCAAAGAAUUAGCUCAACAGCCGGAUAUUGAUGGUUUCCUUGUUGGAGGUGCAUCACUCAAACCGGAAUUCGAACAGAUCUGCAAAUCGCGCCAAAGUUAA